AUGACAAUGUUUUGCCUCAUACUUCUUUUCUCCGGCCUGCUCUGCACGGCGACUGCAGAGGCGCUCUAUCCAGAAGCCAUUCAGCGCCCUCCUAGCGUUCUGCACGACUUUCAAAAGAACAAUGUUUCAAGUUCUUGGGCGCUUGGCCACCCCAAGGAAUGGAGCGACAAAGACGCUUUGCGAUAUGAGUUCUCGGAUGGAGGCCCCUACCGCUACACUUCGGGGGCGAUCUUUGCUACUGCGCUCAGCUCUGACGAAAGGUUCUUAGUCACAGUGAACACUUCCAACCACGUCUCGGUGAUCGACUUCGCCACCGGAGUGCAAGUCUUCGACCGCACGCUAUCCUCUACGUAUCAAGCCGCAUAUAGAGCGGUGCGCGUACUAGCUGGUCCUUCUGGGUACGAGGUCCUGGCCUCCAUGACCUAUCAAGAAGUGCAGAAAUUGCAGCUUUCGCCACAGGGAGAGCAAAUCGGCAACGUAACAGUCUAUCCCGGCGGCUUGCUCUACGAGAAGGGCUCCCCCUCAACCAGCCACAACGAACGCCUUUUCAUCACCGCGGUUCCCACAGCAGGACAGUACACCAUCUACGACCUCGACGAACCCAGCGUACAUCUCACCCUGAACAAUCAACCCGAUGACAUGUACGACGCAUCAUUCACCCCCGACGACCAAUACGUCGUAACCCGCAGCUACAGCUACAGCGGCAUGCCCGGCUCCACCAGAAUGUGGGACGUCAAAACCGGCGCUCUAGUCCGCGACUUCAACAAUACGAACUCCGAGACGCUCAGCAUCUCCCCGGACGGCUCGCUGCUCGCGACGUCGCUCAGCUGGGAAGCAAUACAGAUCUGGUCCCUCACUAACGCCACCGCACCGCCUACCACUCUAACAUUCCCCGAGAAAACUAACAUUAACGGCGUUCAACGCCUAGCCUGGAGCCCCGACAGCACCUACCUCGCCGUCGGCACGUAUAAGAAUCUUCUCGUCUGGAAACUUAUCUCUUUUCCUGAACUUGUCCAAUGGUACCAGAUCGAGGCCAAUGGACAUGAUGUCUCAGGCCUCCUGUGGCUUUCGGGUUCGAAAAGACUAGCAUAUCGCGUGUUUGGCGGACUCGAGAUCUACGAUUGCGAGACUAACUUGAAGUAUCGGUGGGGUAAUUCGCCGAAUAGCCACUGGGUUGAUGGUGCGUAUAUGGUUGAGAAUACAAUUUUAGCGAAGGGGAAGGGGUGGAUUGGGGGCUGGAUGGGGAUGCUAAGUCUGGAUCGUGCGAAGUAG